GAAAUGAAGAGUUGUGAUGAAUGGAAACCUUUUCUUGUAAUGAUAGCAAUUGAUUUUUCUUUAACCAUAGUAAAUAUUCUUCUCAAGAAAGUCCUUGAAGAAGGAAUGGACCAUUUGGUUCUUAUCACAUAUCGUCUGUUAAUUUCUACUAUUUUCUUAGUCCCACUCAGCUACUUUUGGGAAAGAAAUGGAAGACCACGUCUCACAUUCCGAAUUUCAUGUUUCCUUUUCUUCAGUGCCAUUGUUGGGGCAUCGGUCACACAAUACUUAUUCCUUCUAGGGAUCCAAUACACCUCAGCUACCUUUGCUUGUGCCUUUGUCAAUAUGGUGCCUGUGAUCACAUUCAUUAUGGCAUUACCAUUUGGAUUAGAGACUGUGAACAUCAAAUGCAACAGUGGCAAAGCGAAGAUUCUUGGUGCAUUUGUGUGCAUAGGAGGGGCAUUGUUGUUGACACUUUACAAGGGAAAGCCCUUGUUUGAUUAUUCUAACUAUCAAUCUGUAGCUCCAGAAGCCAUGAGAUCUACAAUGAAGCAAGAUUCUACUACUAGAAUGACAGAGAAAUGGACCAUUGGUGUAAUAGCUUUGAUUCUAGGAACCAGCUUUUGGUCUUCUUGGUUUAUUUUGCAAUCAAAUAUAGGAAAGAGAUACCCAUGCCAAUAUUCUAGCACUGCCAUCAUGACCUUCUUUGGAGCCAUUCAAUCAGCUAUUCUUGGCUUGUCCACUGGCAGGAACUUGUCCAAGUGGGUUCUCAAGGGAAAGAUACAAAUAAUCACUGUUCUAUAUUCUGGGAUGGUUGGAUCAGGUUUCUGCUAUGUGGGCAUGUCAUGGUGUGUCAAGAAAAGGGGUCCAGUCUUUACUGCAGCAUUCAGCCCUCUUGUUCAGAUAAUGGCAGCCAUGAUUGAUAUCCCGGUCUUGCAUGAACAGCUCCAUCUUGGAAGCGUGAUGGGAUCUAUGUUGGUCAUGAUCGGAUUAUACAUUCUUCUAUGGGGUAAGAGCAAGAGAUGCAAAGCCCUCCAAGAAGUUGAUGAAGUAAAGGAACAAGAGCCGCAAAUACAACAUACUGCCGUCUCCUGUGAUUCACAGUCUCACUGA